GCAAAAAACCCAAAAAUAAACCAAAUGUUUAUUCAGGUCAUGCCCAAGAAGCUUACUCUCAUAGAUCGUUCGUACGUGAAGUGGGUGCUGGAUAGCAUAGAUCAGUUGCAGUCGUUGAAACGCAACUCCUGUAAGCGUGUCAAGUGCUUGAGCACCCUUGGCGACACGGGGCAUCGCCGGAUGGAACCGGGCAACGUAUACUCCUCUCCAGUAUUCUGUUGAGAUUUUACGAAACUGGUAGAUCUUUUUGCUGCUCCAAAUGGUGAGAUCACCAAUAACUUUGAGAUCGGUGGUUUUGCUAUGGCUGGAAGAUGUUUGGUCCACACCAUGACUUUGUGACAGAAUAGGUUUGUUGGCUUAGUGAAAAUGGCGGUACCACACUGGUUAUACUGUUGGAGAGGGCGCUUGAGAGAGGAGUAACCGGAGCAGAGAGGUGAAGGGGCUGAGUUGGCAAGGGUUGUAUAGUAAUAGUUGGGCUUCUUUCCUUCUUCGAGGGGGAACAAUGUUUGUCGUGAUGGCUGUUAACACUGUUGGGAGUAAGGUUCAAAAUUUCGAAUUGUAUCAUUGGUUUAACGAUACGCUCAUACAGGGGUUGUAUCAGGGUGUGACCUGGGUCUGGUUCAGAGGGUAGAUCAGCCUUAUACCGACCCCGAUACACCCCCGGCUUGUAUCAAUAUUUUAAACCUUGGUUGAGAGUAGUAGGGUUGAGGAGCUGGUGGGUAUUGGCUUGAGGGGUGAAGGUCUUUGCACUAAUCGUCAGAAAUGCCACCGUUUAUUUAUCAAUAGGGGCAACAAGAUCCGGUGGUGGGUUUGGAGUCUCAACACCCUUCCACAUUGCUUCAUCAACCAGAGGCAAAAUCUGUUUGAGGUUGUAUUCGAUCUCUGCCAUUUGAGCUAGGAUCAGUUCAUGGUUCUUCUUGAUUCGACUAGGAUGAGCUUCGAGAUUUGCUCUUCUUGAAUCCAUGGGAUAGUCUGCUUUGAUACCAAAUGUUACGUAUUCCUUUUCGGUGAGAGGAGAAAUAGGUCUCUUUGAUGGGAAUGGAAAGCUUCUAGGUUCAGCUAGUAGUCCCAUACAAAUCUGGAAGGAUGGUGACUGCAUUGAGGUGAAGAAGUAAGUGGUCUGGGAUUUGCGGCUACUUGUUCACUUGUUGCAGUGGAUGCUGAUGGCUCUCCUGUUACAGUUUCUUGGAGUGGUGAUACAAGGAGAAAUAUUAUUGUGUGGAUGGACCAUAGAGCUGUCAAGCAAGCUGAACGGAUAAAUUCCUCUAAUUCACCAGUGCUGCAAUAUUUUGGGGGAUCAGUCUCCCCUGAAAUGCAACCUCCAAAGCUGUUAUGGGUGAAAGAAAAUUUGCAAGAGUCUUGGUCAAUGGCAUUUAGGUGGAUGGAUUUGAGUGAUUGGUUAUCAUAUAGAGCAACAGGAGAUGAUACUAGGAGCCUGUGUACUACAAUCUGCAAAUGGACUUAUCUUGGCCAUGCACACAUGGAACAACUCAAUGAGAAAAAUUCCCGAGAUAUGGAAGCUUGUGGAUGGGAUGAUGACUUUUGGGAGGAAAUUGGCUUGGGUGACCUUGUAGAAGGGCAUCAUGCUAAGAUUGGGCGAAGUGUUGCAUUUCCUGGCCAUCCUUUGGGUUCUGGUCUUACUCCAGCUGCUGCGAAGGAGCUGGGCCUGUCAGUGGGAACUCCAGUUGGGACCUCAUUGAUUGAUGCUCAUGCUGGAGGGAUGGGGAUAAUGGAAAGUGUGCCAGUAUCACAAUAUGAGGAAAAAGAAAAUGGCAAGGAAGCUAUAUGCCAUCGUAUGGUUUUAGUUUGUGGAACAUUCACUUGCCACAUGGCUAUAUCUCGGAAUAAAGUUUCCAUUCCAGGGUUGUGGGGACCAUACUGGUCAGCAUUGGUACCAGAGUUCUGGCUUACAGAAGGGGGCCAGAGUGCAACUGGUGCUUUAUUGGAUUAUAUAGUUGAGAAUCAUGUUGCUUCUCCUUGUCUUGCAAAUCGUGCUGCUUAUCAAAGUACUUCAUUGUUUGAACUGCUAAAUAGAAUCUUAGAAUCAAUGAUGCAUGACAUGGAAGUUCCUUUUCUUGCUGCAUUGACCAAAGAUAUACAUGUCCUUCCUGACUUCCAUGGGAAAAGGUCACCCAUUGCAGACCCAAAAGCAAAAGGGAUGAUAUCUGGCUUAACACUUGACACGAGUGAGAAACAGCUGGCUCUUCUCUACCUUGCUACAGUGCAAGGUAUUGCAUAUGGCACACGCCACAUUGUAGAGCAUUGCAAUUCCUAUGGGCACAAAAUUGACAUACUUCUUGCAUGUGGUGGGCCUUCCACGAACCCUUUGUACAUUCAACAGCAUGCAGAUAUCAUUGGUUGUCCAAUUGUUCUUCCAAGAGAAAGUGAAUCUGUUCUUCUGGGUGCUGCCAUUCUUGGUGCUGUUGCUGCAAAGAAGUACUCUAGUGUUGAUGAAGCCAUGAAGGCACUGAAUGCAGCUGGUCAGGUCAUCCAUCCUUCAGAAGACCCGAAGGUGAAGAAGUACCAUGAUGCCAAGUAUCGCAUUUUUCAGGAUCUUUAUGAGCAGCAGUUGUCCCAUCGUUCAAUCAUGGCUGAAGCAUUGUCAUAGAUCUUGCUCAAGUUAAAUGUAAUGCUUGUCAGGGAUUCACCAUUGAUUUGAAUGUAAAACGCCCAGCCAAAUUAGCUUCUGGAUGUGUAAUUGGGUCCAUGUACUUUUGAAAUGAAUAAACUCAGAAGUUCCAUUG